AGAAAAUACAAGACACAAUCAAGUCCUAAGUCCAUUAGUUUUGGUUUAAAUGUCGAGCAGAGAGACCUACUUCCACCUCAAUUUAUUUAUCGGUCUCUCUCGCCACCACCGAUCAUGGCCACCGCCCUCGAAACCAACGUCAUCAUCCGCUUGUUUUGAUCUCCGUCCCUCUCUCUCUCUCCCCAACUCUCAUGUCGUCGAGUAGUGUUCAAGGAGAGCCAAUGGAUCUUGAUUUGAAUCAAGAGCCAUCUUCUGAUUCUCCGUCUCCGACCGGUUUGAUAUCAGAGAUUCCUCCAUGGCUAAACGAGCUCGAAACUGCUCACGAGCGGAUCGAAGAACGCAUAAGACUGCUCGAAGCAAUAGUUUCAAGAAUCAGGCAACCAGAAACAGCAGCGACAACGACAACGACGGCGACAACAACCGCAACACCAGGACCGGCUUUGGCGCCGCCCAACCAACAUAGACAUUCCACCGCAGGAGUGAUACACGAGCGUUCCAGAGAGAGACUGGUCGAGAACGGGGAGAAAAAGACUUAUCUGAUAGCGAAGGCACUGAACAUGGAGAAGACGAGCUCUGUUCCUGGUGGAUACUUUGAUUGCAACAUAUGUUUAGAGAGAGCCGAAGAUCCUGUUUUGACUUGCUGUGGCCACUUGUUCUGCUGGGUAUGCUUCUACCAUCUCCCUCUGAUCUACCUAAACAUCAAAGAAUGUCCCGUCUGCGACGGAGAAGUGACCAACGCCGAGGUGAUUCCGAUAUACGGUAAUGGAGAUGGCUGCGAUGAUACUAAACGGAAGCUCGAGGACUGCGGUAUACUUCUACCUCCGAGGCCUAAUGCCAAAAGAGUUGAAAGCGUUCGUCAGAAGAUUAUAAACCGGGGGAUUCCAUUUAUCCCGAUGCCGCCUUUUGAGGAUGAUGCUUUUGAUGUUGAUAGUUUUGUUGACACAACUAGUUUGAGAAGAAACCGUAGGAGAUCUUCUCGUAUCGCUGAGAUUGGUCCUUCUCCUGCGGUACGAGCUUCUUAUCUGAGGAAUCUAAGUAACAAUGCCUCGCAGACGAUUUCGUUCAGUCUUGGUGCUGCAGCUUCAUCGUCGCCUAGAGAGUUUGCUGUUCCGGGUCCUUCCUCUGCUGCGACGAGAAGCCAAACUGUAAAUCCUACUGAAGUGUUUACUUCAGUUACAUCUGCUUCAUCGUCUAGGAGAAGAACAGAAGAUGUCAACAAUGGACCUAGGACCAGGUCUAGAAGGAGGCUGAGCUUCGUUAAAAACGCCGCGCUUUUUGAUGGCAGAAAGUUGAAACGGCAAGUAGUUGUUCACUCUGUCAUCGGCCAUUGUUUCUCUUUCGUGGUCGCCGCCGUUGAAGCUCGUUAUCUCUCGCCGGCGAUCAUGAUCUACGUUGGUGGAGUUCCGUUUCUAAAUGAGAAUACCUCAUCGUCUUUGUCUUCCUCCUCCCAGGAAAGCAACUUGCUUCUUGAUGUAAUGAGCCAUCCUGUGAUAAUCUCAGCUUCCGAGUCUUUUAAGAAUCUCGAGGAACGGAGUGUUUCCUUCGGUGAAAGGGAUACAGAGAGCUCAACGAAAGACAGAUAUGUUUACAUAUUCCAAAGAGAGUUUGCUGUUGUGAAUCCAGCGCUCGUUGAUUUUGUUGGCACCGAUGAAGCAACAACUUGCGUAGGCCUUGUUAUCCGCAACAGAAGAUCUGGAAUGACAUCUAUUGCACACAUGGAUUCACCAAAAAUUGUGGACUUGGGGAUAAGCCAGAUCUUAUCAUUGGUUUUUGAGGAUGAAGAAGAUGCCGAGUUAGAUGUACAUAUGGUUGGUGGUUAUGAAGAUGUCGACAUAAAAAAUGUUGACGGUGGUGGUGACUAUGCCAAACCAGAGGGUUACUCAUUUCCUUUGUGUUGCAAAUUAGUUGAAACUUUACAGAAGAGAAGAGAGAAUUUUCACCUACAAACUCUGUUUAUUCUUGGGCACAAUACCAAGUUGGAUGCUCAAGCGAACACGUGCCCCAUUUUUAAUGGAUGCCUGGUGGAUACCUCCACAGGUUCAAUUUUCCCAGCUAUUUUCAACAGAACUUCUAGAUGUCCGGAUGAACUUGUUCGAAGAAUCCGAGUUUCAGCUUCAUUUGACGAUUAUAACUGGAAGGGGAAGUUACUUGACACAUAUGACACAAAAACUGAUAGGUUCAUCAUCGCACCAUGCUGCUGGACAAUGCGCCUGGUUGAAUAUGUUUGGGAACUUAAUCAACUUCCCGAUGAAGAAAUUCUCACUAAUUGUUCUACCUCACCUUCUGCUGAAGGUCCAGAUUUCAUAGACAAUGAAAGAAGGAUUUGGAAGUAUUUACUGACAUAUCCAGAAUGGACCAAGACCUUCCCAAGGAGACAAGCACGUGUUUUUGAAAGGACUAUCAAUGGACACUGGAAAAAAUGC